AUGUAUGGCAACCUAGUAGCUGAAUCCGACUCAAAUCCAGUUAUCGCGCUGCCGGCUGGCACCCCGAAUGAUGCGAAGCUCAGCCGCCGCCUGACCUCGAGUUUCUCAGGACAAUCCUUCCUUUUUGAUGCUCAUGCGCAAGGCAAUCUCCCGUCAAUCGACUUAGCGAAUUCCUGCGACGGCGAUUAUUUCCCAGGGACUCGCUUGCGGGAUUGCUCAUCUCUUGCCUCGGACAUCAAGGCGUGUCAGUUGGCGGGAAAAACAGUCACAAUCUCACUUGGUGGCGAAUCCGGACAUAUCCGCUUUCAGGACGACUCUCAGGCCGCUGCUUAUGCUGAGACAAUAUGGAAUCUCUUUCUGGGUGGAAAGAGCAAGACGCGUCCCUUUGGAUCUGCAAUUCUCGAUGGAAUUGACAUGGACAUCGAGAAUGGGCAAGAAGAGGUGAAGUUUGUUUCUCUUCCGCUGUAUUAUAUCACUGCUGCGCCCCAGUGUCCUUACCCAGACGCUUACAUCGGCAAAACACUCAAUGCAGUGAAAUUUGAUGCAGUAUAUGUCCAGUUCUACAACAAUGAUUGCGGUCUGCAGCAUUACAAGAAUCCAGCCUGGAAUUUUGCCACCUGGGACAACUGGGCAAAAAAGGUCUCACCUAAUCGUGACGUUAAGGUUUAUAUCGGGGCGCCCGCUGCAUCAUACGCGGGAUCUGGCUAUGUCGACUCCAAGACCAUUACUUCAAUAAUCCAGGAGACUCGGUCCAGGUACUCUUCCUUCGGAGGGGUGAUGUUAUGGGAUGUGUCGGCUGCGUACGCAAAUGAUCGCUAUGACAAAGCAGUCAAACAGGCUUUGAAUGGAGAUACACUAGAGGUGGCUAUACAGGCCCAGAAGCCCUUUUGACUCGGGAACGGUCGGAGGUCAGGCAUACUUAACAAACGAAUCCAAGUGUGACAAUCGACACCUAUUGUUACGGUUGCGGACACCGAUACUCUUUUUUCCUUCUCGUUCAUUGACUGAUACUAUGCUCCUUGCUCGGGAAGCGCCGACUGCGUUGACUGCUUCCUUGUGUUCCUUGGGUGAGGCGAUUGGAGAAUGAUCAUUAAACAUCUACGUAGGCGACACUAUGUCGUAGAAACCGGUGUAACGUCUUGUUCCUCGUGGUGCCCGCAUGCGAAAAUGUUACAUUUAGUUUUGUUCAGACUUUCAAUAGCGUUACGUUAACACGGUGAAGAGAUGACGAAGAGUGAGAGCGACCAAAAGGCACAAGAGGGAGAGGGAAGGAAGGAAAACAUGCGACAGGAUGUCGAGGGUUAUAUAUUAUGUAUUGCAAUCGGCAAUGCCGUCAACAUUAAGUCGAACCGAAU